GUCAACCUGGUCAAACUAAACCCCCUCUUCCUCCUAAAGUAAUCUUUUUGGUGUUUGAAUAGAGAGAAUGGGGAGAAGUGAAAUGGAAGAACUAAGCGAAGAAGAAAGGAGGGCACUUAGGGGAAGCAAAUUCGCUCCUCUCCCUUCCCUUCCUCCUCCUUCCCGUUCUCAACCUAGAUUGGCGCAUCCAGGAGGGCCUUUAACGACGAACAAAGCUGCUGCUUUAGCUAAAUUCCUCGAAAGGAAACUUCAAGAUCCCAAUGGCCUGUCUUCUAUCAAUCCUGACCUUCUUGAAUUGGCUGUCAAUAAUGCUAAAGCGACCGUCUUUCAAAGUGAGGCUUCAAAUUCAGGAAGAACAAUUCGACAUGUAGAUUCCUUUGGUGACUCUGAGGAUUCUUUGGAAGAAGGUAAAUUGGAAAAUCUUGAACCAAAAAAGGGUAAGAAGAGGAAAAGCAAGGACAAAAAGGACAAGAAGAAGAAGAAGAAGAAGAAAAAGAUGGUGGUGGAGGAUCAUGUGUGUACAUUGAAAAGGCCUCAAAAGAAGGUCAAACUAUGAUCCGGAUUAAUGGUUAUGCUAGGUGUUAUUGAAGAAAAAAUAGUCGUAGGCAUUAAAAAAACGAGGAUCACCAAAGAAGCGGAAGAAAGGAUCAACAAGAAGUCAGAAGAAGAGAAUCAGAUUCUGGACUGCUAUUUACGGAAGGGUGUUUUGUCUGGGUUGGUUUCUUUUAGGCAAUUUGACCUCCAGACCCUUAAAACUUAAGAGUUUCUUUUUUCUUGGCAAAUCAAUUUGUUAUUCUUACACAUAAGUGAUAGGUUUCUUCUUGACACAUCUUUGAAUCUUUGUUAUUGUGGCAGUGAUUUUGUACCAUUAUCUAUCUCAGUUGAAAUGGUGAAAUAACAGGGGAUUUGUUCUCUUUAGUGGCAUUUCAAGGCACAUGGCCUGUGAAUUCUUGAUA